GCAGCAAGGUUUGGUCGGGACAAUGUAAGAUUUGUAACUGCUGUGCACUGAACAUCGUGAAUUACUUUUAGUCGAUCUUACAUUAGCACUUUCUUGUCUUUCACAGCCCAAUGGAGUUGGGUCUAUUACAAGAUCUAGCCGUUUUGGAGAUGCAGAAUGAAGGUGAGAAUAAAUUUGGUGUAGAAUCAUAGGCUUGCUCAGUGAACAAUUGAUUUUGUUUUCUCURGAAAUUGAAUUCUUACCGCUGAACUACGAAAAURUCUCGAUUCUUUUGCUUAYCUUCUGUUAAUGCGUAGGACUUGUCUCUAUUAUUCCGACAGAGAUUGGUAGAUUGACUAAUCUAAUCCGUCUGGUCCUCGAUUUCAAYAAUUUAACUGGUAGCAUCCCGAUUGAGCUAUACUCGUUGACCAAUCUAGAAACAUUGGAACUGAAUAAUAACUCUUUGACGGGCGACAUUGAUUUGAUCGGCGUCUUCAGCGAUCUCGAGUUUUUGCAGUUGCAAGGUAAGUUUUUUCUUUCUUCAAGUCAAAAUUUGUUCGUUCUCGGAUACUGAUGGUCGUCAUUUCUUUCUCUUCUCCUCAUUGCUCUACGUAGGAAACGAAUUUACUGGAACUGUCCCUAACGAUGUGGGUGAUCUGUUUGAAUUGAAAACAUUCAAUCUACACGAAAACGACUUUACGGGAACUGUCCCAGAGUCGGUCUGCGCUCUGAGAAGCACCAGAGGGGGCAAUCUCAUAAGCCUAAUCGCCGACUGCGAGAACGGCACCGACGGCGCAGAAAUUGAAUGCACGUGUUGCUCCUCUUGCCGUAACUAGCUGAGAAUUUUCCCCAAAUAUACAGAUUGAACGCUG